CUGAACCCAUAUAUCUCCCCCACCAAACCAAAACCAAAACUCCAUUGGAGAAUAGAGAGAGAGCUAUGGACAGAGAACAAGAAGAGAUGCAGUUCUUGGGGUUCUUUGCCGUCUAUAGAGAAUCCUACAAAAUCAUAUUUGCAUGGAGAAAGAUCUUCAGCAAGAUCACCCUAACUCUAAUCCUCCCUCUCUCCUUCAUCUUCCUCCUCCACAUCGAAGUCUCCAACAUCCUCUUCGGCAAGAUCGUCAAAAGUUCACAACAAAUGAUGGAAACCCCACAAGGCACACCCCAAUACCACAGCCUCAUCAACAUGCUCUCUUCGGAAUGGACCACCUUCAUCCUCUUCAAGCUCAUCUACUUCACUUUCCUCCUCAUCUUCUCCCUCCUCUCCACCUCAGCAGUGGUAUACACCAUCGCCUCAAUCUACACCGCAAGAGAGGUCACUUUCUCCAAGGUCAUCACAGUCGUUCCCAAGGUUUGGAAGAGACUCAUGGUAACCUUUUUGUGUACCUUCGCAGCCUUUUUCGUCUACAACGUCAUGGCAGGGCUUGUCGUCAUCAUAUGGGCACUUACGACAGGGGGAAGGAGCGGCGGAGUUGGGCUUUUUGUGGUGUUGGCGAUCUUCUAUUUCGCAGGGUUUGUGUACUUAACCGUGGUUUGGAAUAUUGCGAGUGUUGUUACUGUGUUGGAAGACUCGUGUGGGAUUGGAGCCAUGUUGAAGAGCAACGCGUUGAUAAGGGGGAAGAUGGGUUUAUCGGUAGUGAUAUUCUUGAAGCUGUUGGUUUCCUUUGGGUUGAUACAAUUUCUGUUCAAGAAAACGGUGGUGCAUGGGUGGAGGUUAGGGUCUAUGGACAGAACACUUUAUGGGAUAGUGUGUUUGGUGGUGUUCUCUCAGUUGUAUCUGUUCCAACUUGUGAUUCAAACGGUGCUCUAUUUCGUUUGCAAGUCCUACCACCAUCAGAAUAUUGAUAAAUCUGCUUUGUCAGAUCACCUUGAAGUGUACCACGGAGAGUAUGAACCUUUGAAGGCCAAAGAUGUUCAAAUGGAAGAGAGCCAUGUCUGACAGCUACAUUAUUAUUAUGCUCUAUUAUAUGCUAUAUACGUAGUUUAAUUUCUGGUGCCAUAAGAAACUUUUUUCCGUUGUGAAAUUAUAUCAAGCACAUAUGUGAGAUUGUGAGAUUGUUGAAUCCACAAGAUUAAUUAUCUCCAGCCAGUGCCUUAAUUAAUUUCAUUUUCCGAUGUCUGUUAAUAAAAUUUUGUGGCGGUUUGGUUUUUAUAAUCAUCGUGUGUGUAUUCUGAAAA